UUUGCCUGGAAAGUCAGCUAAAAUGCGUUUAACGCCCCUCAUGCUUCAUAAAUCACGUUGUCCAGCUCCACUGUAGUGGAGAAUAGCUUGGGUUAACUGUUUCCUUCCUCUUUGAAACAGUGAUCAAAUAUAAACACCAUUAAGCCAUAGUGCAGGGGGUGAUUUAUAUAGAAUAGGUUUACUUGAACGUUAUUGCAUCGCUGAGUGCCCCAUUAAGAUACCGUGGAAAGUGCCAUAAUUACUUUUGAAGAACUCAGUGCAAAUAGUCUAUUGAUAGACACUAUCAAGGUAAACGCACGGUCGUCCUGUACAAUUUACAUGAAAAAUAGGUAAAUCACUCCGGUCGCGUGGCAGAGGCUCAAAUUGUUGCAUAAACGCGCAGGUGAGCUCGCGGGUGGUGGAGACACGCUCCACGCGCACACCGGUUAAUUGAGUUCUGUUGCUCACUCCAACCUUAAUUGGUUUACCACGAGAGCUGUUGUUUAAUGGGGCGAACACACACCUGCUAAAGGCUAAUGGCAAGCAAACAUGGCGAGAGUGCAGCGACCGCAGCGGCUCUGUGUUUGUUAUCACCGAGGGCCCUUCGUGUAGGGACCGUAUGCCCACGCGCGCUAAAUGGUGUUAAAUGAUGCAUUUACAGAAUUGUAAUGGGUACAUUUUAAAAGUCAGAAAGGUGUAGACAAAUGAAAAAAGGUUGUGGAAACAAAGUAUGGUGUUUGAGCUUUUCGCCCGAGUAUCCAAGACAACUGUCUCUCCAUCCAGGUCUCUUAUCUGGCAGGUCAACCAAUGUUUGCGCCCAUACAUAUCAAUUUAUCAGCCGCAGAGUGCAGACGAGAGAUAUGUCCAUAUAAAGUGUCGAUGCCACGUUGUUUGAGGACAAUCCGACGUGUCCUACAACGUGUCGUGCGCUCUAGACCAUUUGGGACCUCUUUCUGGAGGCAGGGUCUCACAGAUUCACCUGUUCACUGUCUGUUGCUGCUGUGGGGGCAAACACAGGUGGGUGCCAGCCAGGUAAACGUUGCGGUAUUUACAGAGUGCCAUUGAUUUACGCGCUGACUGCCGUUCUGUUUAAUUUACUGAAAAAUCCCACAACCUGCAGAAUAUCCUGGACACUGAGGGCUUUAGGUCUGCAAACAGUGAAACCAAUGGCUUUGGCGCUGCAGAGUCACAUGGUGGCAGAGGGACACACCUGUGUGCAGCUGUAGGGCCUCGCAGUUGCGCCAGAGACCGGUAGAGCAGAAGGUCCACGCCGAGGCAGGGCGCAGGUACGGUACAUGUGCGGGUCCGCGGACGCCAUGAAUCGGGAAGAUCAUUUUUAUCCUUCUCAGGUUUUUAAAGACUCCUGUGCCUACCAGAGAGCACACGGGGAGGACUACAGCCACAGCCCGCCGCCCUGCCUCUACAUGAGCAGACAGGUCCACUCCGUCUACACACCACCAUCCAUGGGAGCCUUGGAGCAGGCCAGCCUUCCUGACAUUGCCCCCUCUUACAGUCUACCCAUGCGGGAAGAUCCAGGUGUGCCUCAGCUCCACCAUCCUCAGGGGCUCCAGCAGCAUCCUCUCCCGCCUGCUGCAGGCUAUGGAGACACGGGGGAACAGAGCACAUAUCACCUCCCUUUCCCCUGGAUGAAAACCACAAAAUCUCACUCACACACCUGGAAGGGACAGUGGGCAGGCCCAUACGUGAUUGCGGAAUCAGAGGAAAAUAAACGCACGAGGACUGCCUAUACGCGAGCCCAGCUGCUGGAGCUGGAGAAGGAGUUCCUGUUCAACCGCUACAUCUCGAGGCCGCGCCGCGUGGAGCUGGCGCUCACCCUGAGCCUCACCGAGCGCCACAUCAAGAUCUGGUUCCAGAACCGGCGCAUGAAGUGGAAGAAGGAGGAGGACCGGAGGAGGGCGAGGGGAGCUGACCCGGACCAGGACUCCUCCAUCAGCUCUGGGGACCAAGGGGAAGCCGCGGGAGGGGUCACCUCUACAAACGGAGCUCACACCACCUCACCCCCCGUUUCCCCGCUGCACGGUCCCGCCCUCUCCGCACCUAAGGCCAGGGAGCUCGCAUAGACCCGCAGCAGGUUCUGACUGGGACUUAAACUC